CCAGUACAGGUGUCUACCGCUACAGCUAACCCAUCAUGCUCUAAAUUGUUAUGGAUCCUAUUUCAAUAAACCUUACCAAUAAUAAAAGAAAUCAUUUCAACUUAAGAUUCUGAACCACUGACAAAUAAAAGAUUUUGUCCGGCACUGCUUCUGACAUUAGUGCUUCAAAACAGCACACUGUCAAAGCAGUUAAACUGCUGAUCAUCGGUUGGGGUAGAGAUACAAAAUUCUAUCCAUCAUGGAUGGAAUGAAACUGCCCACACCUUUACUUUUAUAUCUGUUUUGUUUUCUUCACUAUAUAUCCUGCGAACAUCCCAGUUUUGAUGAACAUUUCUGCAAGACUUCAAGAGUACAGGAGAAAUACAAAAAUGCCACUUGUAAUCAGAAAACAUUUUACAAGAUGAUCCUCCAAAGUUAUAUGCCAGUUUUGAAUCAUACAAACUCCAAUGAACAUAAUCUACCAUUUUUAAAUAACCCACACAAAAUGUGUUUGUACAAAAACUGGGAGGAAAGGCAGAAUGCUAUCAGCAAACUGGAGACUUGA